AAGUUUGUCUGAAUUUGCUGAUGAAAUAAAUAUUCAAUUAAAUCCAAUGUGGAUAAUUACAGACUUUGAAAAAGCUAUAAUUAAUGCAUCACAUUGUAAGCUACCUAAUGCAAUAAAUAAAUUAUUACUUUCAUCUAUGCCAAAUUGGAUGGCCCUUAUGAUCCAGCAUUUAUUUGCCUUGCCAUUCUUAUCUCCAAAUAAGAUUCCUGCUGGUUUUGAAAUUUUAAAGGCUAAUAUGCUUUCUGAGACAAGUGAUAUGAUCCAAUAG